AUGACUCAACAUGAGGUCCCUUCGCAAGAGCCUUCCGAAACUAAAAUCAUUUUGGAAGGCCAAACAGAACGUCCCAUCGUAAUGAUUGAUAAUUACGAUAGUUUUACUUGGAACAUCGUCCAGUACCUUUCGAAUCUGGAAAAAAGGUACCCAAUUUUGGUUAUUCGCAAUGAUGAACUCACCGUGGACGAACUCGAGCAACUUCAGCCCUUAAAGCUCAUCUUGUCGCCAGGUCCCGGCCAUCCUGCUCGUGACGGUGGUAUCUGCAAUGAAGCCAUUUCUCGUUUUGCCGGAAAAAUCCCCAUUUUCGGUGUCUGCAUGGGUUUGCAAUGUCUUUUCGAAAGCAUGGGCGGUAACGUUGAAUCCGCUGGCGAAAUCAUUCACGGUAAAGUUUCCAAAAUUUACCAUGACGGCUUAGGCUUGUUUCAAGGAAUCCCUCAAGGCAUCUCCGUUACCCGUUAUCAUUCUUUGGCUGGAACUAUCAAGUCGCUCCCCGCUGACUUGGAAGUGACGAGCUGGACCGAAAAUGGCAUUAUCAUGGGUGCUCGUCACAAAAAGUAUGCCAUUGAAGGUGUCCAGUACCAUCCUGAGAGUAUUCUCAGCGAAUACGGUAAAGAGUAUAUUCAAAACUUCUUAAACCUUACUGCAGGCACUUGGGAAGAAAAUCAUGUCACUAUGCCUACAAAGAACAAUUCGUUUAACAAUGCUAUGAAGGAACGCUCCAAUACCGUUUCUUUUUCUUCCGCUGCCCCCGAGAAUGUCUCCAAGCAAUCCAUCCUCAACGAGAUUCACGCUCAGCGUCUCAUCGAUAUCGCCGAAAGCAAAAGUAGCCGCGGCCAUACUGUAAACGAUUUACAAACAUAUUUGAACAUGAACCUUACCCUUCCCGUGGUUAACUUUUAUGACCGCCUCAAAAAGUCGACUCCAGCCCUCAUGGCUGAGGUCAAGCGUGCUUCUCCAUCCAAGGGCGACAUUGAUCCUUAUGCCAAUGCUGCUCAACAGGCUUUGACAUAUGCCAAUGCUGGUGCUUCUGUUAUUUCUGUCCUCACUGAACCCAAGUGGUUCAAAGGUUCCUUGGACGAUUUGCUGCUUGCACGUCGCGCUGUGGAUCAGGUUGCCGACCGCCCUGCAAUCCUCCGCAAGGACUUCAUCAUUGACCCUUACCAAAUCAUGGAAGCUCGUUUGAAUGGUGCUGACUCUGUCUUGCUAAUCGUUGCUAUGCUGUCUUACGAACAAUUAGAAUCUCUCUACAAAUUUGCAAAGUCUCUAGACAUGGAGCCCUUAGUUGAAGUCAACUGCGCAAGCGAGAUGGAAGUUGCUAUUAAAUUAGGUGCCAAGGUAAUUGGUGUUAACAAUCGUAAUUUACACAGUUUCGAGGUAGACUUGUCGAAUACCUCGAAAUUGGUUGACAUGGUUCCUAAGGACGUUGUGCUGGCUGCUCUCAGCGGCAUUGGCUCCAGAGCCGAUGUUGAAUUAUAUACAAAGCAAGGCGUUUCUGCCGUCCUCGUUGGCGAGUCAUUGAUGCGUGCUUCUGAUCCUGCUGCCUUUGCACAGGAGCUUCUUCAUGGUGCUUCCAAAAAAGAGGGUUCAGAUGUCUCUUCUAAGCCCCUUGUAAAGGUAUGUGGUACUCGCACUGUUCCAGCUGCUAAAACGAUUAUAGAAUCAGGAGGCGAUUUAAUAGGUCUUAUUUUUGCCGAUAAAAGCAAACGGAAGGUGGAUCUUCAAGUUGCUAGAGAAAUCGUGGAGUUAGCCCAUUCCAACGUUCGCAAUUACCGAGACAUGGGUAGCCCACUUGAAAUACAGAAAAAUUGGUUUGGAUACCAAUAUCAAAAAAUUGCUAAUUCUCGCCAUCCCUUGGUUGUUGGUGUGUUCAAAAAUCAACCUUUAGAAUAUAUUAAGGAGGUACUGUCAACCAUUGAUUUAGAUAUCAUUCAGUUGCACGGACAAGAGCCAUUAGAAUGGGCCAACGACCUACAAAAGCCUGUAAUUAAGGUGUUUUCUCCUAAUGCAUCAGAAUUGUCUACACCAAACUACCACAUACUUCCUCUCGUUGAUGCAUUUGUCGGAGGCCAAUCUGGAGGAUUAGGCAAAGCUGUUGAUUGGAAAGCAGCCGCCCAAAUCACGGUCCCUUAUGUUUUAGCUGGUGGGUUGACCCCAGAGAAUGUUCAAGAAGCUCUAACCACAUCCCAUGCUGCGAUCGUCGAUGUUUCCAGCGGAGUAGAAACGGAAGGUAUCCAAGAUGACGAAAAAAUCAAAAGGUUUAUUGAAAAUGCCAAAAAGUGUUAG